AGCUCGAUUGGGACCGGAGGUCGUCUUGGCAACCGGUAUACAACAGGCAAGCCAAGCCUGGCUUCACCUGGUGGAACUUUCCUCUAAAGUUUUGUCCAAGGUUGACUCUUUUGGAGAUGCCAACCAAUAAUGUUGCAGCACCUGGGAAAAAGAAGGUGCCUGGUGCAAAGUUACAAAAAGCCACCAAUAAGAGAAAGGAUGAAGAAGAUGACUAUGGUGAUUAUGGCUGGGAAGAAAGGACUCAUGGCAAACCUGUUAAACCCGCUGAUCAACUGGAUCUCACUGAUGCUGAGUUGAAUGAGGAAGUCACAAGGAUUCUGACAGCACAAAAUCCACACGCGCCACAAAACAUUGUCCGAUACAGCUUCAAGGAAGGUGCUUUCAAGCUGACCAGUGUUGUUGAUCAGCUGGCUGUUCACUUUGUCUUGGAUGGUUGUCUCAUACAUCAGGACUCUGAUGAGGCUCGCAGGCUGGCAGCCAGUGAAGACCUCUCUGAAGCAACAGUUGAUACCGGAACAGAACCGGAUGAGGAGAAACCUGAAACAUUGGAUACAUCUGGUGAUGGAGGUGAAGAAGAGGAUGCUGGAGAAGAUGACAGACCAGACAGUGCUUCUUCCAAAACAAAGGAUCAGAAGCUAAAAUGUACAAACCAGUUCAAUUUCAUCGAAAGAGCUUCCCAAACACUCAAUAAUGCAAUGCGGGACAGAAGCUGCCAGACCGUACCACCUCCACGCUGCAAUUAUUCGGCCAGCGCUAAUCAGUGGGAGAUAUAUGAUGCGUACACGGAGGAGCUGCAGAAACAAGAAAUGAAGAAAGAGAAGCAGAGAGCCUUUCAAACAAAGAAAGAUGGGGACCAAAACAAAAAGAAGAUUGUGAAUGACACUCCGGUAACUCAAUUUCGUUUCUCUACAUCUACUCAGAGUGAUGACAUCACCCAAAUGGCCACGGCAGUCACACUAUUGGAAAGAAUGGUCAAUCAGAAUACAUGUCAUGAAAUAGCGCAAGAUUUCAAAUUUUUUGAGGACGCGGCAGAUGAAUUUCGAGACCAGGAGGGCACUCUUCUCCCCUUGUGGAAGUUCCAGUACGACAAAGCCAAAAUGAUGUGUGUCACGGCACUCUGCUGGAAUGAGAAAUAUCCUGACCUUUUUGGUGUGGGAUUGGGAUCUUAUGACUUCAGCAAACAGGGCCGCGGGAUGCUCCUCUUCUACUCGUUGAAGAACUCCACAUUCCCCGAAUACAUUUUCCCGACAAGUACCGGCGUCCUGAGCCUGGAUAUUCAUAAGCGACAUUCCUAUCUGGUGGCUGUGGGUUUCUAUGAUGGAUGCGUGUGUGUGUACAACUUGAAGAAGAAAAGCAUGGAAGCUGAAUACAAGAGCAAUGCUAAAACUGGCAAGCACACUGAUCCUGUCUGGCAGGUACGAUGGCAGAGCGACGACAUGGACAAAAACCACAAUUUCUAUUCUGUGUCCUCUGAUGGCCGUGUUGUGUCUUGGACACUCAUCAAGAAUGAACUAGUCUUCUCUGACACUAUCAGGCUCAUGCUGGAUGAUGCUGUGUUUGAUGGUCCUGAGGGAAUUCGGGGGCGUAGCGCCGUUGGCGGAACAUCCUUUGAUUUUCACAAACAGAACGAGCCUCUUUUCGUCGUUGGCACAGAGGAGGGUAAAAUACACAAGUGCUCCAAGAAUUAUUCAAGCCAGUUCCUUGAGACUUACAUUGCCCACAACAUGGCAGUGGAUGCACUCAAGUGGAAUCCUUACCACCCAAAAGUUUUCAUCUCUUGCAGCUCGGAUUGGACCAUCAAGAUCUGGGACCAUACUGUCAACACUGCCAUGUUAACGUUUGAGCUCAGUGCUCCAGUUGGGGAUGUGGCAUGGGCACCGUACUCCUCCACUGUCUUUGCUGCCGUCACCACAGAAGGAUUGGUCCAUGUUUUUGACCUGAGCAUCAACAAGUAUCAGGCCAUCUGCCGGCAGCCCGUGGUGGCAAAAAAUAAGAGCAAACUGACUCACAUUGAGUUUAAUCCCGUCCGUCCAAUCAUCAUUGUGGGAGAUGACCGAGGCUCCGUCAUCAGCCUCAAACUGUCCCCGAACCUCCGCAAGAAACCAAAGGGAAAGAAAGGUCAAGAGCUGCCCGAAGGUCCUGAAGUGGAAGUGGUCAAGAUGGAGAAGCUACUCAAUCUACUGAGGGACUCAGAGCAAAGCAGUGUGAAGUGACCUUCAUGGUUUCCUGGUAAAGGUUCAUUCAACAAAAAGAAGCGAUAAAACCGUUUUACUGCAAGCUGGUCACCCCAGUCACCAUCUAUCCAUUUUCUACAAUCCUCCUCGGGAAGCGAGGAACUAUCCCAACUGACUUCCAAAAAGGGAAAGCAGCCUACACCCUGUGCUGAUCACUCCUCAAUCAUUGGGCACGUAGAGUCAGACUCAUUCUGUCAGUGAAUAGAAGCGUAACCCACGCUGUCAGACAAGUUCGACAGCAUGAGUGGCCCCUGAGUCAUGCAUUCCUAAUUACUAAUCCCUCACAAACCUGACACAUCAGAUGGAUGGUGUCUAAAAAUGUGAAUAAUCUGCAAAAGAUUAGCUAUUAUGUCCAAUGAUAACUUCUAUUUGUGUGUUUGA